GCCGCCAGCGCCAGGUAGCGUGCGCGGCGGAACGAAGCCAGCUCCGCGAGGGACGCCCGCAGAGCCACCGCAGGCCGCGGCUCGCCCUUGCUCUCGAGGGCUUCCGCGAUCGACACGAAGCUUUGGAUGGCCCCUCGGGCGGUGUGGCGCACGGCGUCCAUGGAAUGCUCCACUUGCAUCCACAAAACUGGGAGAACGCUUGGCCCGGUGUCCAGAAAAAGAGCCCGCACGGCGUCUGUGACACUGGCGUCUUCUGUACCGUCUCCCGUUUCAUCUUCAUCUGGAUAUCCAUUACUGUUUUGUCCUUCGUUUAACCCUAACGACCGAAAUUGAGAUCCAACUUCGUUUACGCUAAUAACAGAGGAGACUACGCGCAAUAUUUGGCCUAUCGCGCGCGCUGUGCCCAACUCAAGAAUAGGUUGCGAUGGCUUCUUAUUUGCCAGCACCAGCAGAGAUUCCAAUAUCAUACGCAACGGCGAUUUUUCAACCGGAAGGCACCCUAUAGGAGCAGCCAAGUCAGCGACUGGAAGGCUUCCCAGUAGUCCGACGCAGAGCGACAGGCGCGCUAAUUCUGUGGUACCUAAGAUGGCAGGGAAGCAACCAGGAACAUCUUGGCCACCUGCUAAAAAAACCAACUGUCGCCAUGCUUUCGAAGUUAAUAAAGUACAAUAUGAUAUCAGUGACAGAGCGCAUGUAUUACGCACAUCCAGAGGAAGUUCUUCUUGCAUCAAAAGCUGACACAAUGCAUGCUGCAAGAGGGGCCCAACUUCUUCUAAUACAUUUGUCACGCCACCUGUUGUAGUUUGAAUGAGAUCUGAAUCAGGUGAGCAGACAAAUUUACCUUUGCCAUUAUGACAGCACUGCAGGAGUAGAAGAAUCGCACGUGCAGCAUUAUGAACUUUACGAUGCAAGUCCUCCCUAACAGAAGCAGCUCGUUCAGUCUUGAGGGCACCAAGAUAAACUUCCAAAGAUCUAACUAAGAACAUAAGAAAACUCUUGAAAUGUAUCAUUAUUGCUUGGGUUCCAAGAAUAAAAUUGCUAGCAAUGAUAACGACAUUGCUCACAACAGUGUCCAUGGCGUUUGUUGUAGGCGAUGCAACAGAGUCAAACUCAUUUUGCGCACUUGCAAGCAUUUCUGCAAAACAUUCAGAGAGCGUCUUUACAAUGUCGCUGUGCAGUGAGGCAGGUGCAGAUGUCAACAAACGAGGGACAGCAUUUUUUAUUGGGUUCUUCGAUUCCGAACACAAGUAAAUCUCCACAGUAAACUUUACGAAAGCACGAUAGCUCUCUUGGCUCCCGGUAGUUUUCAAGUACGAACCGCACAUACACUUGAUAAGUUUUAAUUGUUCUUCGACAGAACUCAACGAACAAAACUUGAUAAUAUCAUCCUGCAAGGCUACGUCGACUACACUUGAAACAAGCUUCUCGACGCAAUCUGUGGAUACUCUAACGACGUUUGCUCUUUUUCGUUCUUUCGUUGAAGUUAAUGUUUUUGAUGGAUCGUUCCGAGUGCUCUUCGUCAUUUUCACUACAGAUGAUCCUACACCAAGAAAAUAAUAACCACUCAACCACCACAAUGCGUUAAAAUACCUCUGGAACAACAGCUCUUUCUCUCACAUGUUCGUCCAAUUUAUAAACAUGCUGAUUUCUUCUAAUUCAAAUACAACCACAUCCGUACGUACCGUAUGUAAUGCCAAAACAUGCUGCGCGAUGCUGCGUUUCUACACCAAAGAAGAAGCUCCAUAGAAUAACAAGUGAAUAAGGAUUUUUUUGCCGAUCAUUUGUUCGUAAUUUACAUCUAUUAUUUCGUAUUGUUUUUCGACAGCUUUCUAAAACUAUUUAAUAAAUUUCGCAGUUUUAACUACAAUACUUCAACUUUUAACCAAUGUUUGGUUGUGGGUGGUAAAGUAGAAUGCGUGAUGUGUUUCGCAUUACUUAUGUUUUGAAAUGGUAGUAAAGUGAUGGCGUCGUCGUAAACGUGGGAUAAUAUUCCAUUGCCAGUAGCCGGCACCGGUGUUCACCCAGUUUACUCACUCAGCUAAUGUGUUUAGUAUGUACAGUGCGUUGUCGUCCGAUCUAUCUACUGAUUUCCACCUUUGUGUGAAUUCUGUUGUGAUCAGUAAUAGUAAAUUGUUGGCUUACGGAGUUGCACUAUUGUACAAACAGCAUCCUUGAUUUUAACGAAGUACAGCAUUGAUUUUCUGUCGGUGUGAGAGAAUACGCAAUAUCAUUCGUGCCGCUUCUGUAUGUAAUUUUUCUCUUUUAUAUUAGAAUAUUAAAGAUUUCUGCCAAGCGGCUUACGAACUGCAACAUGGAUGAUAUCGAACAUGAUAAUACAAUGACUGAGGAUGUUGCAGAAACAAGCAUCAAGAAACGCCCAAGAAAGAAACAUAUAUACAGACAAAUUUUACAACAAAUGGAAUUUUAUUUCAGUAACGCAAAUUUGAGCCGCGAUAGAUUUUUAUCCCAACUCCUGGAACAAAAUAAAAAUGUACCUUUGGAAGUUUUCUUGAGAUUCAAUAAAAUAAGAGCACUCACUGAAAACAUAGAGGAAAUAGCCAAAGCAUUGGGUUCUUCUCAACUUUUGAAAUUGACUGAUGAUGGAAAAUGUGUUUACCGCUCUAGUGCGGUUCAAAUAAAAGAAAAUCAAGAUGAUUGUAUAAUUUAUGUCGAACAACUUCCUCCAGAUGCAAAUCAUGAUUGGGUAAUUGGUAUUUUUUCUGCCUAUGGCAAGGUAGAAUAUGUCUCCAUUCCAAAAUAUAGAAAUAAAGCUACCAUUAAAGGAUUUGCAUUUGUUGAAUUUGAUACACCAGAAGCUGCAAAAAAGGCAUUAGAGGCUUUUGGCUCUGCUGGGUGUUGCCUUCCACCUCAAAUGAAUCCAGAGGAGUUAUGCAGCAUUGCAACCUUUGAAGCAGAUGACUCAGAAGAGCAUAAUGAGAAUAACAAAGGUGAAUCUGACAUGCCAGAGAAACGGCUCAAGAAAAAAAAUAAAAUGAAUAGUGAAGAUAUAAGAGAAAGAGAAGAUGGUUUUGAGCAUGAGAAAGAAGUAGCAGAAAAUGAAGAGCCUAAGUCAAAAAAGUUAAAAAUUGAAGUUGAUGAGCACCAGGAAGGGGAAAUAUCUAGGAAAAAGAAGAAGAAAAAGGAUCUGCUAAAUUCAGAAGAUAACCAGUCAGAACACCUAGAAAACAAUGUGUUAGAAAGUGAGAAUACCGAAUCAGGCAAAACCAAGAAAAAUAAGAAAAGAAAGCAUGAAUCAGAAAAUGCUGAGUAUCUGUCCGAGGAGGGAAAAUAUUGCAACCGAGAAGCCGCCUCUGAUGAUGUCUCUAAUAAAAAGAAGAAAAAGAAAAAUCUUGAAGUAAUUGACGAGGGAAAAGAGGAGACUGGAGAAAGUGAAGUAUCAACAAUGGUCAAAAAUAAGAAGAAAAAGUAUCAAGUAGAGGAUGAUACAAAGGAAGCAAAAAGAAACCCAGAAGAAAUGGAAGAUGAAUUAGAAGACUGCAAUGACUUGCAGCAGCCAAAGAAGAGUAAAAAGAAGAAACGGUGUGAAGUUGAAAAUGAUGCUGACAAAGACGUGGAAGAUGCAGAUGAUGAAGGCACUUCAGAGAAGAUCCAGAAGCAGACAGAGGAAGAAGUAGGUGAUGAUGAAGAAAAUAAUUUCUGUGAUGAAACUGGAACUGUAUUGGAGAAAUCUGAUAAGAAGCAACGAGCUAGAAAGAGGGCCAAAAACAAAAAGAAGAAUUUAGACAAAAAGGAAAACGAUCCUGCAUCUUUGGGACUUCGUAUCAUCUCAAAAGAUGAGUGGCGGCGUCUUCGCAACAAAUACUUGAAUCUCCAGCGAGAGAAAAUGCAAGGCUUGAAAAAGCAUCUGGCUCGUGUUAAAUUUGGAAGUAGUUACCAGUCUCCAUAUCCUCCACAUCAUGCCAAAGAGAAACGGCACCAAAUAAUACAGGAAGAUCCCAAAGAAAAGAAAACAAAGUACAUGCCAGGUGUUAUAAUCCAUAUGGAACUUGCUGAACCCUUGGGAGAUGUAAAUGGUUUUAAGACGGAAGCAAAAUCUCAUCCAGGUGUUGUAUAUGUUGAUGCAACUGAAGGAAGUUCAGAAGUGCAUAUUCGUUGCGAUUCAGCUGAAGUAGCACAGAAGCUAAUUGGUACAAAACCAUGGGACAACAUGCAAAUACUUGAAGGCAAGUCUGAGAAAAAAUACUGGGAGAAAGUUUGGACAGAUCGGGAAUAUAAGAAGAAAAAUAAAGUGCGUGUAAAUGUACGUGGACGGGACAAGCUCUUAAAACGUGCUGAACGUGAGCUUGGCAAGCACAUUAAAUUUGAUGAUUAGGAAGAAAAGUUGUAAGGAAAUGCAUGUAAAGUCAAUUUGUAAUAAAACUACUUUUAAAAAUGAUACAUUUAUAUUACAAAAUCAAUUGUUUUUAUAUGGUUACAUACAAUCAUCUUGACAACCAUUGUCAUUCAAUAUAAUUUAUUUUUAAAAAGUCCAAUUGUAACACUCCAUGUCAACGACCCCUGAAUCCUCCACCCCCUCGUCCAAAGCCACCACCACCCCCUCUUCCUCGACCACCA